UAUAGGCUCAUAGUCUGCAGAGGUCCAAGCUGCAGAAAGUGAAUGACAGUUCAGAGUUUGAGAGAAUGCCAAAUAACAGCACAAGUGGAGGUAAGAAGAGAAAACUCUGCCCACCAAAAGAACCCGAAGAUUGGUGCUUUGAAUGCAAGGAUGGUGGAGAAGUCAUUGUAUGCGAUCGCAGGAACUGUGUGAAGGUUUAUCACUCCAACUGUGUUCCUGUUACUCCUGUGAAGGACAAAUCUUGGAUUUGUGCUUGGCAUUAUUGCUACGAAUGCAAGGACUCCGCAAAGUUUUAUUGCCUUGGUUGUCCAAAUGCUUUGUGCAAAGAGUGCUUGGCUUCCUCAGAAUUUAUCACUGUCAAGGGUGAUAAAGGAUUAUGCUGCGACUGCGCGCCGCUAGUCAAAAUUAUCGAACAAAAUUUGGAGCGGGACUCUCAGGGGAACAAGAUAAGAGUGGAUGGAAGAGAUACAUAUGAGGGUCUAUUCAAGGAAUACUGGGAAAUUAUUAAGCUAAACGAAGGAUUAACUAGUGAUGAUAUCUCUGCUGCACAAACCAACUACAACAAAAAGGUUAAAAAAUCUCCAGAUCAAAGCAAAGUCAUUGAUUUAGAUAAAGAAAGUCAGAAUGACUCCAUGUCAUCGGACGGCGAUGAAGUUUUUAUGUAUAAACACAACUCAACCAAAAGGAAGCAGUCCAGUUCACUGGAGUUUAUGGGAUGGGGAUCGAAACCUCUCCUUAGCUUCCUUGCGUCCAUUGGAAAAUUUAGUACUGAACCAUUGUCACAGUGGGGUAUACGGACUCUCGUGUGUGAAUACAUUGAGAAGAACAAUCUCUAUCUCUCGCAAGAUAAGAGGAAGUUCCUCCUUGAUGAAAUGCUGUUUUCUAUAUUCAGAAAAAAGGUUAUGUCAAAAAAUCAAAUAUAUCCUCUAUUGGAGCUUCACUUUGCUGAAAAGUCGGAUGAUAGAGAUGGUGAAGAAAACAAUUAUGAAAGCAUAAGCACUCCUCCUGACAACAAGGGUCUCAGUGAUCAGACUUCAUGUAGGAAAAGGAGAUUGUCAAGCUCGAAAGGGAAACUUCUAUUGGAAAAGAAGAAUUUGUCUAUCAAGCCUAGUCGUUUUGCAUCCAUAAGUUCCAGUAAUAUAAGACUUAUUUACUUAAGACAAAGCUUGGUGCUAGAGUUAUCUAAACAACUUGAAAAUGUUAUGGAUAAGGUUGUUGGAGCCUUCGUUAGAGUUAAAAUGGAUUCCAGUGAUUGUAAGCAGACAAGGUCUUACCAGCUUGUGAGAGUUACAGGUGUUGUAUUGGAGGAUGAUGCUUAUAGGAGAAUUCUUUUGCUAGUUUCCUUCAUGUCUAAAGCCAUCCCUAUCUCCGAGCUUUCUGAUAAUGACUUCACAGAGCAAGAAUGUGAGGAUUUGCGGCUAAAAGUGAAAGCCAAAAUGCUGCAGAAACUAACUGUUGUGGAGCUUCAAGAAAAGGCAAAAAGUCUUCAUGAGGAUAUAACAAAGCAUUGGAUCGCGACUCGACUAACCUAUUUGCAAAAUCAGAUUGACCGUGCAAACCUAAGCGGAAGACAAAGAGAAAAAUUUGCCUUACUUGAUGAAAGGGAAAAACUUCAACAACCAUGGAAGCAAGAAGAGUUGUUAAAGCGAGUUCCAUCAGUUCUCCCAGAGUUUCCUACAGAGCCACACAAAUGAUAAGAGAACUAACACAUGUAACUUGUGGUUUUAUGGUUUAGAAUGAAGGUCCAUGCUUUUGGAAACAAGUUAAUUUCUUAAUGUUGCUCCAAUAGGUUAUAGCCUUUUUAAUAAUAAUAAAUUAAUAAAUAAUUAUUCUAGCUAGUUUAUGUUUGGUCAAUUUUGUGACACUUGGAAUUAAGGCUGUGUAAUGACGUGUAUAAUAGCAUUAUCAAAAAUGUCAUGUGCAGAAUAAAAAUCAGCCACUAAUUCAGUUGCCA